CUGGGCGCUGCCCUUUACUGCCGCUGGGGCCCGAGAGAGAGGCGAGCCGGAGACAGCCGUGCUUCUGCAGCGGCCUCCUCCCCUCCCCGCCCGGUGCCGCAGGAUUGCAGCUGGCACUGAAGGGUGGGCAAGCUCGAGGGAGGGGCGCUCCGGGAGCCCCGGCGCCUGUGGGCUCCGAGCCGCGGGCGCCGAGGUUGGAUGGAUUUAGCUGCCUGCGUGAGCGCGUGUGUGGCCACUGCAGUGGCGGCCGGGCCCGAUCUGGCCCGCGAGACCCCUGAGCGCUUCCGAGGUGCGGGUCCCGGGCCCGGAAUCCGGGGGAGGCGGGGGGCGGGGGCGGGGGAGGGGCGCGGUGGCGGCGCUAUAACCCCCUCCCUGUCGCCGGCCGGCUCCACACGCGCGUCCUGCGGAGCCCGCUCAACUCCCGAAGCCCGGCCUGCCUGCGCCUUCUUCUCCACCUCCUCCUCUGGUCUUCCCGCGGCUGCUGCGGCGGCGGCAGCGGCGCCAGCUCGGCCCUCGGACCCGCACGGGCGGCGUAGCGAGGCCCCGGGCGGGUUGGCAGCUGCCAGUCGGCGCGGCCGCGGGAGCUGCCCGGCCCGGGCGGGCGGAGGGCGGAGCGCCGCGCCGUAGCCGAGGGCGCGCCGCGGAGGGGCGCACGCAGGCCGCCGGGCCGCGCCGUGCUGGGCCGCGCCGUGCCCGGCCCGGGGCGGCAGCGGCGAGAGGAAGGCCCGGGAACAGGCUCUCGGGGCUGCCAGGAGCCCACAGAGAGAAGCGAGGCCGUAGCUGGUACCCGGCCGAGGGUCCAGACAGGUGAUCGGUGGUGCGGCGGGAGCUGCAGUCACGCUCCGUGGUCCCCUCCCGGGGCUGACGGCAGCAAAUAUGCGGAUUUACCGGCCGGGUCGCUCCUAAAGCCAGCGACGGGGAGCGAGCGCGGCGGCGGCCAGCACGGGAACGCACCAAGGAAGAAGCCCAGCCCCCGCCCUCCGCCCCUUCCGUCCCCACCCCCUACCCGGCGGCCCAGGAGGCUCCCGGCGCGACUCUGUUCCUCCUCCUCCUCCUCCUCCUCGCUGCCUCUGCACUCGCAGCUCGCGCCGAGCGCGCUCCGCAGGCUCCCUGCUCUCCGCGCCACCCUCCUCCGGGCCGCGCUCCCUGAGGGAUGGUACUGAAUUUCGCCGCCACAGGAGCCCGGCUGGAGCGCCCGCCCCGCGGCCUCGCCUCCCUGCCGAGCUUCCAGCGCCUCGGGACGCGAUGAGGACCUGGGCUUGCCUGCUGCUCCUCGGCUGCGGAUACCUCGCCCAUGCCCUGGCCGAGGAAGCCGAGAUACCCCGGGAGUUGAUCGAGCGACUGGCUCGAAGUCAGAUCCACAGCAUCCGGGACCUCCAGCGACUCUUGGAGAUAGACUCCGUAGGGGCUGAGGAUGCCUUGGAGACAAACCUGAGAGCCCAUGGGUCCCACACUGUUAAGCAUGUGCCGGAGAAGCGGCCUGUGCCCAUCCGCAGGAAGAGAAGUAUUGAGGAAGCCAUUCCCGCAGUUUGCAAGACCAGGACGGUCAUUUACGAGAUACCUCGGAGCCAGGUGGACCCCACAUCGGCCAACUUCUUGAUCUGGCCCCCAUGUGUGGAGGUGAAGCGCUGCACUGGCUGCUGUAACACCAGCAGCGUCAAGUGCCAGCCCUCAAGGGUCCACCACCGCAGUGUCAAGGUGGCCAAAGUGGAGUAUGUCAGGAAGAAGCCAAAAUUGAAAGAGGUCCAGGUGAGGUUAGAGGAGCACCUGGAGUGCGCAUGCGCGACCUCCAACCUGAACCCAGACCAUCGGGAGGAGGAGACGGAUGUGAGGUGAGAUGAGCUGGCUGCCCUCUCCCGGGACACGGAUGUACGUGGCGUGUGACAUUCCUGAACAUACUAUGUAUGGUGCUUCAUUGCCAAUGUGCGUGCAGUCUUUGUUCUCCUCCGUGAAAAACUGUGUCCGAGGACAAAGAGACAGUGUCCGUUUGUUCAGUGUGACAUCAAAGCAAGUACUGUAGCACUCGGAGAGACAGUGAGAAAGCUUCCUUGUCACAGAGAGCGAAAACAAAACCACAAAAAAGAAAAAAAAAAAAAACAAAAAAAUUAAAAAAGAAAAAAAAAAAACAAAA